CCGAACAACCGAGAUAUCCUCCACAUGUCUUGUGCAAACAAGACAGCUUUCUAUUAACUCAGAUAGGGAAGGGUAGUGAAGGGCAGAAAGCUGGUGACUGGCGUUCAUUUGUGAAAGCAUUUCUGCAGCCGUUUUCUUUCCUGAAGCCCGAGGAUCUGACAGGGAGGUUGGUUUUGGUGUGAGUCAGUGUCAUCUUACAUCCUGCGAUCGGUCUGUGAGUGCUGGCGACACGGCAGUAAACUGUGGGGCGGCAACACUGAAUGGACAGAACAUGGGGUCAGAUGAGGCCUACAACUUUGUCUUUAAGGUGGUUCUGAUAGGUGAAUCUGGUGUAGGAAAGAGCAACCUGUUGUCCCGCUUCACCAAAAAUGAGUUCAACCAUGAUACCCGCACAACCAUCGGGGUGGAGUUCAGCACACGGACAGUGCAGCUCAGCGGCUUCACCAUUAAGGCCCAGAUCUGGGACACAGCCGGACUGGAGCGAUACCGGGCCAUCACUUCAGCGUAUUACAGAGGUGCUGUUGGAGCCCUGCUGGUCUAUGACAUCACCAAACACCUUACCUAUGAGAGCGUGGAGCGAUGGCUGAAGGAGCUAUACGACCACGCAGACCCCCACAUCGUGGUCAUGCUGGUGGGCAACAAGACUGACCUGGAGUCAGAGAGAGCUGUGCCCACUGAGGAGGCCAAAGACUUUGCAGAAAAGAAAGGCCUUUUGUUUCUGGAGACCUCGGCCUUGGAGUCAACUAAUGUGGAAGCAGCAUUUAACAAUGUCCUAGCAGAGAUUCACAGGAAGGUGAGCAGUAAGGAAGUGGUUCGAGGCUCCAUCAGUGCUGUGUCCCUGAACAGCUCCAGAGCAGAAAACACAGAGGAGAAUAAGCCCUGCUGCAGGAACAUCUGAUCACACCAACCUUCAGGAGCCCAAGGGCCUCGGAGUGGGUGACAGAUGGGCUCCUCCUUCACCCACAACCCUGCGCUAGGGCUUGACAAGAGGCAGGCAACAUGGCAACCGUGUGUGCCAAAAUUAAUGGUUCUGUCUUAAGAGAUGCCACUUUGAAAUGACUGAUUUACAACUUGUAAAAGCUUUGUAGUGGCACAAUGUAUUCAAAGGAUGACUGAUAAAUGUGAAUGCUGCUGGAAGCCAGCAUCUGUCUUUUAAGAUUCCCUGCUGACCACGGAACAUAGGUCAAAGAUAAAACACCAAACUGUGUUACCUGUAAGAUAAUAUAUUUAUAAUCCAUGCAGGAAAUAAAAAAAAAAAUCAUGGCUUGUGUGAUGUUUUCAAACUAAGUGACACAAGACUGUUUUAUGUUGUCUUCAAAU